AAAAGUAAACAAAACAGUGGCAGAGGAGGAAGUUUUCGCCACACCUCUGAAGGAAGCGGAAGCCUCAGUAAAAAGUAUUUUCAGUUUGCUGUCAGAAUGGCAACAGCGUUGACUGCCUCAAGGUCUCAAGCACCCGUCUUCACCGCGGAAAGCAUGUUGUGGCUGUUCCGAUUGCUCCUGCUUGUCUUCUGCUUUGGCCCAGGGAAUCCAGUUUUACAAACCAGCUCAACCCCACUGAUGGUGAAUGGGGUUCUGGGGGAGUCAAUAACUCUUCGCCUGGAGUUUCCUGCAGGAGAGACGAUCAAGACCAUUACUUGGCUUUACAAUGGAACAUCUAUUGCCUUCAUAGCACCCUGUGAAGCCAAAAGUCCACAAAUCCACGUGACUAAUCCGAAAUGGAGAAAGCGACUGAACUUCACCCAGUCCUACUCCCUGCAACUCAGCAACCUGGAGAUGGAAGACACAGGCUCUUACAGUGCCCAGAUGUCUUCAGAGACCACUGUAAAAGUGUCCAGUUACACUCUGAGGAUAUUCAGAAAACUGAAGAACAUACAAGUUACCAAUCACAGUCAACUAUCUCGGAAUAGGAUCUGUGAGAUCCAUCUGACUUGUUCUGUGGAGGAUCCAAAUGACAACAUCUCGUUCAAAUGGGAGGCCUUGGGAAAGACACUUCUAAGUGAGCCAAACCUCACUAUCUCCUGGGACCCCAGGAAUUCCAGUGAACAGGACUACACCUGCAUAGCAGAGAAUGCCGUCAGCAAUUUAUCCUUCUCUGUUUCUGCCCAGAAGCUUUGUGGAGAUGUUGAAAAUCAAUAUACAGAUACCAAUAUGAUUCUGGCUGUGAUUCUUGGGGCAGGCAUAGUCAUCAUAUUCAUCAUCGUGCUAUUACUUGUUUUGAAGAAAAGAAGAGCAGGUUCCCUUCCUUUGUCUAUUCAGCAAACACGUGGUCCCGAGUCCGCGGGGAACACAGGCGAUGCUUCAGUCUCUCCAGUGAACAACACUGUGUAUGCUUCAGUCACUCAUUCAACAAGGGAAAUGGAAACCUCAACACCUAUAGAAAAUAAUCUUCUCACGAUUUACUCCACAAUUAAUGAUUCCAAAGAGAGUAAACCCACUUCUUCCAGGGCAACUGCCUUUGACAAUGUCAUGUAAGCUGCUGAAAGGCCUCAAAGGAAUUCAAGAAUAACGCACCUUCUGAUCCCAUGGAAGAGAACAAAGAGCAGCAAGCUUGCUUUUCUGCCCACCAACAGAAUUUGAAUAUCUGGGAUAGGAUUAUCAUCUCCACUCCUUCGGAUUUAAACCUGCUUACCCACGUCAAACACCUAAGGACAACAUCACUUCCAGCAGGUGGCUCAGACGAUAUUUUCCAAUUCACUUCAGACCAAAACAUGCUAAAGAUAACACACCAGCAGAUUGACUCUCUCUUUGAUAAAUAAGCAAAUGGAAUUAUGGUUGACAGAGAGUUUAUAAU